AUGCAGCCCACGAGGUGCCUGCUCAAGCGCUCGGUCUGGAAAGGCCCGCACAUUGUCCCACUCCCUAUUGUACGGCCCGAGCCAGGACAAAAGAUUGCCCCGAUCCGGACCCAGGCCCGGUCGGCCACCAUUCUCCCCAACUUCGUGGGGCUCAAGUUCCAGGUGCACAACGGCAAGGUCUACCAUGACGUGACCAUUACCGAGGAGAUGGUGGGACAUAAGCUCGGCGAGUUUUCAACGACCCGAAAACCAUUCAUCUGGGGCAAGAAGAAAUAG